AUGGUGUGUCGGAAGAAGAAUGUGAGCCAUGGAAGUGGCGAUGGCGAGGAUUGGACCGAGGAGCAGGAGGCUAGGCUCCACAAUGCGCACCUCGCCGUUCGAGCGACGCCGAAUUUCUGGCGCGACAUCGCGAAGCUUGUUCCAGGGAAGACCGCGGACGAGUGCUUCCACAGAUUCUACUCGGCCCAUCCCACGCCGCCGUUGGCGCCCCAGCAGCACGGGAGGAGGGUGUGCUUGAGCUCGCCAAUUCGGCCGCUUGAAGGAAAGCUUCUGUCCCCGACUAGAUUGCUACACCAGAAGCAGGCGGCGAAGAUUAGAAAGGUCGGCGGGAGGAGCACGAAGGCGAUCUUCCAAUCGCACAAGGCUGUCCGCGAGAUCCUUCGGAAGCAGCAGAUCGAUGACCAGGGAUACGAAGAAGACGCCUUUGCUGCCCUGGAGAGCACGGACAUUCCUUGCUGGGACAAAGCCGCUGCCUUGGUUUCCAUCGCCACCCCUGCCGCUACCAAGAGAAAGAAAUCAGCCAAGAAGAAAGAGGUGAUCAAAGCGGUGGUGGAUUCUUCCAGUGAGAGGCCCAGUUCUUCGGAGGUUCUAAGGCCAGCGUCUACCGAUGGGAGGAAGCACGAGAGGUAUCUGGAUCUCCUCAUUCGCAGGAACAAACUACCGGCAGCGUCACAGAGGAAAAAUGCGAAGAAAGACGAUCCAAGCAGCAGUGGUGGUGGCUUUGGUUCAAAGCUCAAGGCGCGGCUUGGAUCGAGCAAGAACUUGUCCACUGCCAAGUCCGCGGUGAUUGCCAGCGCAAGGGACGUACUGGAACAGAUACGUGAGAGAAGAUCAUCGUCCUCCACGGCCACAAAAUUAGACAGCGAUAGAGACUCGGGAUCAUGCUCUGACGCGAGCGACUUGGACGAUUUCUAGAGAUCCAUGCGUACAGGUUCGUCACCAUUCUUUUUGCUUGAGCUCUUCACCAGUGAUUCUCUUCUUUCAGACUUGUGAUCGUUAGUAGGGGAAGUUUUUGCGACAAAGAUUUUGGGACGAAACGAAUCCCAUCCAAA